AUGGUGGCCCUCAGAUCCCUCGUGAAACCCAAGAUUGUCAAAAAGAGGACCACGAAGUUCAUUUGGCACCAGUCAGACCGUUAUGUCAAAAUUAAGUGGAACUGGUGGAAACCCAGAGGCAUUGACAAUAGGGUGCACAGAAGAUUCAAGAGCCAGAUAUUGAUACCCAACAUUAGUUAUGGGAGCAACAAGAAAACAAAGCACAUGCUGCCCAGUGGUUUUCAAAAGUUCCUGGUCCAUAACGUCAAGGAGCUUGGAGUGCUGCUGAUGUGCAACGAAUCUUAUUGUGCUGAGAUUGUGCACAAUGUCUCCUCAAAGAACCGCAAAGCCAUUGUGGAAAUAGCAGCCCAGCUGGCCAUCAGGAGUCACCAAUCCCAAAGCCAGACUGCACAGUGA